CCUCCUCUACACCUUGAUGGCUUAUGACCGCUUCUUGGCCAUCUGUAAACCACUCCAUUAUGGCAACAUCAUGACCUGGAAAGUCUGCCUCAUUCUCUGUUUGGGUACAGUAAUUGGAGGCAGUCUCAACUCCACAUUUCAGACAUUUCUCACCUUCCACUUGCCUUAUGGACAGAGAUACUAUAUUGACUAUGUCUUCUGUGACAUUCCUGCCAUGCUGAAACUGGCUUGUGUUAAUACAAAACUCAAUGAGUUGAUGAGCUUCAUUGACAUUGGCCUUGUGGCAAUGACCUGCUUUCUCCUUAUCUUAGCAUCCUAUGUCUAUAUCAUCCUGGCCAUUUUGAAGAUUAGUAGCAGUGAAGGACGGCACCGAGCUUUUUCAACUUGUACUGCCCAUCUUACUGUAGUCGGCAUAUAUUACCUGCCUGUGGUGUAUCAUUAUCUGAGGCCAUCUUCGCAGGGCUCCAUGGAUGGUGUGGUGAGCAUGUUCUACACCACAGUAACCCCUUUGUUGAACCCAGUGAUAUACACACUUAGGGACAAGGAGAUGAAGACUGCUCUGGUGAAAUUGUGGAGAGGAAAUUCAGAAUAG